AUAAAAGCCGCCGUUAUCUUCUAGUUUAUAAAACGUUCUCGUAAAACGCAGAUGCAGAUCUUAAGAAAUACAUUUCGUUAGUUCAGUCAGACCAAGUUUGAGGCUUGAAGGGUAACGGCGCGGUUUGUGAACAUCUUCCAUACGAUGACAGUCGAUAAUCUUCCCGAGCCUGGAUCAAGUAUAACAGCUUACUGUUCUGACACUUUCAUACAAGGAGAUGUACUUUGUGUAGAUGCGUCUAAGAAGCUGAUCGUUCUGCAGAAACCCUCAAGUAUCGGCAGACCUGAUGAGUGUGACAUACUUAUUCUACGCGCUGAUUACCUUAGAGAUCUAAAGAGCACUAAAGAGGGGUCUCCACCAGCAUGUCCUGAACUAAAUAUUGAGAAGAUAAUUGAGCGUAUUCGAGUUAACGAACGUAUUCAAAAGGAAAAGUUGAAGUUUUAUGGCCAUGAUGUCCCUGUGGACGCUCGUAAACUUGCUGAAUACCUGGAAACGUACAUUAUCAGUCGGCUUCCUAGAUAUGAUUAAUUAGUUUUUUCACUGUAGUUUGGGAUAAGCCACAUAUUGUUGUAAUGGAUCAUACAAUCAUCAGCCCUCCUUAUAAGGAAAACAAUGUGUCUUGUAAUUCAGAUACGCAACAAGCCAAAUCACAAACAGAUUAUGUACAGAGGGUGGUACGUUUGUCAUUUCUCACGUCACCGCGUCAUAGGUUAGUCGGUUUUAUCAAGAGCGGGUCACGGAUAAUAGAAGUGCAAAUUGACCUAAAUUUCCUUUCGAAAAAUAUACAGUAUCUUCCAUCCAGUUGUAUUUCAUUUUUCUUCUUGGGAAUUGGAGUGUGUCAAUGUAUUUCAAAAGUUAACCAUAUGUAAUGUGUUAGGUGAUUACGUUUUCAAGCUACACAGGACUAUAAAGUGGACAUCUUGUCGAGUGCGAAUGCUAGUAAAAGUAGUGGUUAUAUUGGGUGGUGCAGCUGUAUUGAAAUAAAACAUCGUCUUAUAAUUCCACAUAAUUGAAAGUUGUAUGAUCACCAAUUUAAUGUUAUAAAAUACAGCAGCGCAAAUAACUAGUAUCCAAAGUAAAAUUCAUUUUGCGGGAAGUAUGUCG